CUUGUUGCCAUGCGUGGAGCAAACAAAGCUGCGCCUCCUCUCCGCGUUUUCAUCCAUGCUUACGUCUGGGACCUCAGUUCCGCAUUCCUGCGCCUCCGGCUCAUAUAACCAGGGCUGAUGCAACUGCCUCUGCUCAGUCCCAGAACCGACCGCCGCCCGUCCGCAGCCCCGUGCCGCUCCCGUCUCUGUGGAUCCUGGACGCCCGGCAGCACUGAAACAAAAUUCGUCAUUGUCAGAGAGCGACUGACAACGUUUCUCUGAAUUGGCUGUGGCGGCCGGGUCGGACAUGAUGCCGGGACAAAUCCCUGACCCUUCGCUGGCGGCGGUUCCCCUACCCAGCCUGGGCACUCUGGCGGGCAUCUCAGCCACCACGCUCACCGAUCAGCUGAAGCUGGCAGACUUCCACCAGCUGGGAACCAUGCUGUCCCCGCUACACUUUCUGGGGAGGCUGGGGAAGAGGCCGCUCGGCAUCAAGACGGAGAUGGAUGAAGAUGAAGAAAGAAGGAAACGAAGACGAGAAAAAAACAAAGUAGCGGCAGCGCGAUGUCGAAACAAAAAGAAGGAACGCACCGACUUCCUUCAAAGGGAAUCGGAGCGCCUGGAGAUGGUGAAUUCGGAGCUGAAGGCCCAAAUCGAGGAGCUCCGUCUGGAGAAGCAGCAGCUGAUGGUGAUGCUCAACCUCCACCGGCCCACCUGCAUCGUGAGGACGGACAGCGUGAAAACGCCGGAAAGCGAGGCCAACCCCCUGCUGGAGCAGCUGUCCGAGGAGACCAACUGAAACCUGGGACACCAGGAACUCAAGCCUUUGAGGCCACAAAAACCAAACUAUUCUGAUAAUGCACUUGAGCUGGACAUUUUUGCCCAAAGACCUGAACUUGGAGGGUUUUUCUCAGUACUGCUGCAGGAGCUGGCUCUGCCCAGGAGGAGGCUGGAAUCACUCAUCAGGUUGACGUUAACACUUGCUGUGCCUGGUUGUUACUUCAACCAUCAAAGGGACCAAAAGAAAGAGGAAAAAAAGCAGCAGAGGAAGCACACUAAAAGCCACUCGGAGCUCUGUUACACUCGAGCAGACUGUGGCGCUCUGCCGCUGUCCCACGUUUGGAGCUGAAGAAAAGGUUGUGGGUUGUUCUGGUGCAACACAAACACAAAGCGAAGGACCGAGUUUUUUUUUUUGUUUGUUUGUUUUUGGAGUUACUCUGCCUGGACCGUGGCAGUUUACCGGUUGAUCCGAUUCCAGGUGACGCUGGCGUCAUAGAAAGCACAUAUUCCGAAUGUUUACACUCUAAGGUUUGGACUUCAUUAUUGUACUUUGUUUUAUACUGCUUUGUAUACAUAUGGAAUGCCUGUUAAUCACUUGAUGUGAUUCGUCUCUUCAUUCUUCUCUGCUCUGCUGUCAAAGCAGUAUUUUAUUGUUCUGCAUCCGUAUCUUUGUACAAACUCACUUCAUGAAUAUCAUGAAUAGAAUACAUUUUAUUUUCUGAC